CAAAAAGACAAUGUGAGUCAGUUUGAUAAAUACAUAAAUUUUAGAAACUUGGGAAGUACCGGGAUGUUAGGUUGAGCACCAUGAUACAACAUGCUGAUGCACUGAAAAGAGUCACAAGGACUAUCUGCUAAAAUAAUUCAUGACGGUGCAUUCUCUGCAGGACAGAAACACCAGAGCACUUUCAUUUAUAAGAGAAUAAAAACUAAAUUCUUUUCUAAAAUAGAAAUGUAUAGUUAUGUGUAUUUUACACAAUUUCGAAAGGAAUUAUUAGAUUAUGUCAAACUUAAAAAAUCUGAUUGUUGCCACAAAGCAAAAUUUAAAUCUUAAUUUGCUUCGUAAUAUGCAUUCUAUUGCUAGCUGCUACCAGCUGCAGCUAGAAGGUCAUACCGACAGUGAAAUGUGGUGAUUAUUCAAUGUCAUGCAUCUACUAGGGGUCUUGUUAAAGUCUACAGAACCAUGAACCCCAGCAAGACCAGCACAUAAACCCUUUCUCCAGUGCACAGAAAUCAUCAUCUUUCUUCUUAUAACAGUAAUAUGGAGAGAAUAUGGCUAAAACACCUCACAGAUACAAGCAUCUGCACAGCUGGAGAUUGAACUUUCAAUUGAUCUUCAGUGCUGUCACAUGGCCAAAGUGUUUAGUGUUCUACCUAAGCUUUGCUCUAUCAGUUUGCACUGACAUGGAGUCCUGGGUCUCCUUGUAGCCCUAAAGUAGGAUUUCCCAUGAUGGCUGAGUAUCGCACUACAUGAAAUUACAGGCAUUUACUGUAGAACAUGCUCUUACAUAGCCUUUUCCAGUUUUACGUAGUAUCCAUUUAUAUAUAUAUAUAUAUAUAUAUAUAUAUAUGUGUGUGUGUGUGUGUUUGUGUAUACAGUAUACUGCAGCAAUACAGGUUAAGUACUGAAUUCAAGGGCAGUGUCCUUUUUGCAACCUCUUGGUUAUAAGCCCAGUUCCCUCACUAUUAAACUACAAUGGCUAUCCUACACUACAUUGCAGGUAUGCACCUAAAAGUAGAGCUUUCAUUUUUGUUCAAAGAGCAUGGUGAGGAAAAAAAAUCACCGCAUUUCCCGCUUCUACACAAAACCAUCAAUAUAAAUAUUGAACGGUCCUUGUCAGUGUGAGUGAUGAGCAAUUCCAACAGAUAAAAAACCUGCUUAAACAUCCUUUGCUCUGUCAUCAGCGCAAACCUGUGCCGAUCAUCAAGUCACAAUACACAUACAAGGUGAAGUGUAGCUAUUGUGUUCUUGCAAUGAUAGAAGGAGGGGCAUUUCCAUAAGUGUGCCUCAAGUGCGCUGGAAACUCUCCAGUGACUCCUUGGAAACAGGAACAGUUUAAACCUGUUGGUGCAGAUUGUGGUACAGUCCCAUGGGUUUGAUGGAAUGUGAUUGAGAGCCAUCUUUGCUGAGGUAAGCGAAGCAGCUUUACAUCAGCUGACUUUCCUGCAUUGUCAUAGUGGAGCUGCCUUUAGCUUUUAACUUUUUUCUAUCUUUUAAAAUGUUAUUGUAGAGUUGAGAAUAACAGAGAAUAAAAAUGAUUUAAAAAAUGAAAUACUGUGAGAGGUGUUGAAAUGUGGAGUAAUGAUUGUAAUCUCACGCCCCAUAGGUGCAGGCCGGCUUAACAGGUUGCUCUUGUAUCUGAUUAACAGUGUGGAUCAUUUCUAUAGUAGAAUCAGUUGGAUUAGUAAUAAAAAAACAAGCUGCCCUGCAACCAAACUAAUGUUGUCUUUAAACUGAAAGCUCAGUGUGUCUACAGCUCACAUCUAAUGAUCUCUCAGAGAUGUGUGUGUGUGCAUGUGUGUGUGCGUGUGUCAGACGCACGGUGGUUUGGUGGACUAGAUCAAGUUCCUAAACGACUUAGUAGUGAUCUCAGCAGGUGUUGAGUAUCUAACAGGUUGGUCCUGAAUGAGUGCAGAAGACUGUGGUUGGCUGUAGCAUCUGGUGGCGGGGUGAAGGCUCUGGUCUAACACAGACAGGUUGGGGAGGUUGAGGACAAACGGAAGAUGCACCAAGGUCGUCUACGGCUGAGACCCUGGUUGGAGGAGCAGAUAUACUCUGGAAAGUACCCAGGAGUUAUCUGGCUGGAUGAGACAGCAGGGAUAUUUCAGAUUCCAUGGAAACACGCAGCUCGACACGGUUGGAAUAUUGACAAGGACGCUACUCUGUUUCGAAACUGGGCGAUGCACACAGGCAGAUUCAAGCCUGGAAUUGACAAGCCUGAUCCCAAGACAUGGAAAGCCAACUUUCGGUGUGCUUUGAAUUCCUUGCCAGAUGUAAAGGAACUUCAUGAUAAGAGCAUUAAAAAAGGAAACAAUGCCUUCCGAGUCUACAUGAUCCUACCGUCAACUAAAACUCCUAAACGCAGGAAAGUAGGGCUGAGGAAGUCUGAUCCUGAUAUUAAGUGUGAUGGAGGUGGACUGUUCUCCUACGGAGAAACCAGUCAGCCGGACACCUGUCCCUCACUGGAGAGGUUCACAGAGACCUUCUAUAAGUACACAGAGGGUGAGGAUGACUACGGUUCUGGAAUCUUCCACAGCAGAGAUCCUUGCAUCACCUCAAUCACCCUUAGCAACGACCCUCCUGAUCCCUUCAUCUCACAGCUGCCUCUCUAUCCCCAAACAAUUGGAAACACAGACCUUUCUAUGGGUGGCAGUGAACACACACAAGCUGUUCUGAAGAUAGUUGACCACCUGAAGACCAUAGAACAACCUUUUGAUAGCUGCAGAAGCUGGAGGCCUUCUACCAUGCCGUGGAGCUCAUACUAUAGUGUGUCUCCUGAUGCAGCUGAUGGACCAGACUACCCUGGAUAUCCGGUACAGACAGAUUCCCACACGUACAGUGGACAGUAGAAGCCACCAUGCCAAGACUACAAGCAGACCAAGCAUUUUGCGGUCUGCUAAAUUUCAGCAGCUAAGAACGUUAGCUCAGACCAGACAUUGGGAUCUCCCAGGCCAGCAACAAACUUCUGUUAACCAACAGCAGGGUACAAAGUCUCAGAUCUGCUCCUGCAUGGAGUUACUGCCACUACAGACCUCCUAGAGCUCCAAGCUUGAUGACUGGACAACAUCGAAGAGGAAAUCAGAGUGAUAUUCGGAAAUAAUUUACAGGUUUUUUUAAAAAAAGUGUGCAUUAAACUGCUUGAAUAAAGUAAGUUCCCUGAAUUUACUACA